UUCUCUCAUACACUCUUUCUCUCUAUUAAAACCUUUCUCUUUCACUCUUUAUUUUUAUUUUUCUAGCUUUACUCUACUCUUUCCUUUUCCUUAUCCAUUGUUUUUUUCUUUUUGGAUUCAUAAAUCGAUAUGGAAAUGGAGGAUCAUCGUCACCAUCAAUAUGCCAUACCCGAUCUUAGGCAACUACUCAACGGAAAACCCAUCAAUUUCCAAGCAAUUCCACAGGAUACUGAGUUAUUCUCCCCCGGCCACCACCGGAAUCUGCCGCCAUCGCAGCAACCCCACCACCCCUUCGAUGUGAUGCAAGUGGUGGGUAGACAUGAGUUCCCUUCUGAUUCUACUGGUAAUACUAAUGGCACUCCCAUGGCUGCUGUUGCCACUGUCACUAGUGCUUCCACACUUAGUCCCAGCUGUGGGUUCGACGGUGAAGCCACUGCUUUUGGAGGUGACGGAGGAAAUGGAAGGUGGCCGAGACAAGAGACUUUAACACUUCUUGAGAUCAGAUCUCAUCUCGACCCCAAGUUCAAAGAAGCUAAUCAAAAGGGUCCUUUGUGGGAUGAAGUUUCCAGAGUCAUGUUUGAGGAACAUGGGUACCAAAGGAGUGGGAAAAAAUGCAGGGAAAAAUUCGAAAACUUGUAUAAAUAUUAUAAAAAGACAAAGGAAGGCAAGGCUGGGAGACAGGAUGGUAAACACUAUCGAUUCUUUCGUCAACUUGAAGCUUUAUAUGGGGAUACUAGCAACAACAAUGGAGUUUUAGGCCAAGAAACUCCCCUAAUUGGCAACAGUUUUCAGUUUCAUGGUGCCCAAAAUAGCAUCAAUACUCAAGCAAAUCAAGAGAUCUAUCACUCGCAAAAGCUUUGCAGUGAUAGUCUUAGUCUCUCAAGUUCCUCAAAAUUCGACACUUGUUCCUCAGAUAACAAUGAUUUAAGCACUGCAAAGCUGAAAAAGAAAAGGGGUUGCAGAAGCUGGAAAGCCAAGAUAAAAGAGUUCAUCGACUCGCAAAUCGGGAAGCUAAUGGAGAGGCAAGAGGCAUGGCUUGUGAAACUGACCAAGACGCUCGAGGAAAAGGAGCAAGAGAGGCUUUUAAGGGAAGAACAAUGGAGGAAAGAGGCAGCAAUAAGAAUAGAUAGAGAGCAUAAGUUUUGGGCUAAGGAGAGAGCAUGGAUUGAAGCUCGUGAUGCUGCUUUAAUGGAGGCAUUACAGAACCUGGCUGGCAAACAGUUAAAGGCGGCAUCAUCUAACGGUGAAAACCAUAAUGAAAAUGGGAAUGGAACAAUUAACCACACUGUUAAGGCUGAUGGGUGGCAAGAAGCUGAGGUUUCUAGGCUCUUACAGCUGAGAACCGCCAUGGAAACAAAGUUCCAACAAGUAGGGUAUUCAGAAGAGGUUGUUUUGUGGGAGGAAAUCGCUGCUAAGAUGGGGUGUUUAGGAUUUGAAAGGAGUGGUUUAAUGUGCAAAGACAAAUGGGAUACCAUUGGUGGUGCAUAUACCCUAAUGAAAACCAAGGAGAGUAACAAAAAGCGAAAGGAGAACUCAAGAGGCUUUGAUUAUUAUCAACCCAAUGAGACCAUUUUCACUCAAGGACCUGAGACAUUGAGACUCCAACCAAAUGACGGCUCUUCUCAUGCUGUAAGCGAUAGUUGCUUUCGCUUCUUCAUGGCUGAUGGAGAUAAUAACUUGUGGGAAAACUAUGGUCUGAAACUCAGCAACUGAUGAAAAAAAACCAGUAAGUUCAAACACAAGAUGACAGGUUUCACAAUUAUUGUAAUCCAUCCCACAUGGGUAAGUUCUCUUUUGAGAGGCUGUUUAGAAUGUGUGAGCAAGCAGUUUGACUGAUCUUAGACUCUUGAAAAUUUAUGUACAGCAAACUGUGUUUCAUGUUGUUCUUAGCUAAUUCAAAUAUGGAUUAAUGGGUUUGAUUUAA